AUGCCCUAUCUGUCCCCUUUAUUCCUUUUGACGCUUAACAAAAUCAUUGUUCAGUCGGAUGCGCUAUCUUGCAAUAAAGGUGAGCGAGUGGUUGAAUCUCGAGGAAGAACAGAAUGUGUGCCGUGCGAGGAUGGAUAUUUUCAGGCAACAGCGAAAUCUAGUAGAAGCUGUAGUGCAUGUACAAGUUGUGAUGAAGAAUCAGGGAGUUUUGUCAAAGAGAACUGCACCAAGUAUACCGACACAGUAUGUGGAUGCCGUGAAGGAUUUGUUCACCACUCAAGUGAUUAUGCCAUCUGUAAAUGUGACAAAGGAUCUGGACUUAAAGAUGGAGUUUGCUCAAGAUGUGAAGAAGGAUAUUUCAGCACAGAUAUUGAUUCAUCCUGUCAAAAAUGGAAAGACUGUAAAUCCCCAGGCAUUAAAAAGGCUGGAACUGAGACCUCUGAUGUCAUCUGUAAUGAGGAGCUGAAUGGUGGUCACACCACUACAUCCCCCACGUCAAUCAACAUAUAAAGUCACCUUGGACCGAGCAGAGGCAGCUCAUUCAGUCUCUAUACUGGGAUAAGCUGCUAGCAUGUUUGCAGCCUCUCUGCUGUACAGAUGGUUAUCCUUUUUAACUCAGAAUCAAGCAAUAUAAUCACUAUUGUAGUAAAUGUCUACAA